GGACUGGAUGCGCAAAAGUCAAGGUCUCAGAAUUAUGGUUUGCUUAUAGAAGAAGAUGGAAGGCUGGAAAAAAUAAGACAGCAGCGGCUGGAAAGGAACAAGGAAUAUAAUGAAUAUUUAGCUAGGAAGCGCCAGUAUCAGAGGCAUCCACUCGGGGAACUGACAGAUGAGUACAAAGCAUUAGCACUGGGAGCCAAUGAAAGUGAUGCUGUGAAG